AUGAACAACGUAUGUGAUAAUGCUGUGAAGGUACCAAUUCUAAGUAUCACGAGAGAAACACAACAUGAAACAUCAUUGAUGAACGAGCUCACUCAAACUAUAAACGAUUUAACUAAACAAGUUCAACUUGCGUUGGAUAAAAUCCAAAAAAGUCGUAAUGAGACGCUUGAAAAGGCCAAGGAAAUGCGACGACAAAAAAUACAAGAUAUUGAAAAACACUUUAUGAGUCAAUGUAGUAACAUAGAAGAGCGAUACAAUCAGUUGAUGCGACUCGAAGAAGACGUUCGCAAACGUCUGACAAUAGAAGCUUGUCAAAAGUACAUCACUAUGAAUUCAGAAGAUAAUGAUGAAGCGAUCGUUAUACAACAAAUGAUCGAUUCUCUUUCUCAAGACAUAUGGCAAUUACGAUGGAAUCCAUCAACAAUACAAACAUCGACUCCUAAUGGUGAAAAACAGGCUGGUUUUUCUCCAUUGUUUGAAAAUGCAGCAGCGGACACAUUGAAAACGAAAGAUAAAUGGAUUGGAGGAUGGGCAGAACAAGCAAGUUUAGCGCGGAACGAACAAAAUGCAAAUAAAACUCAACAGUCACAAGCGAAAAAACCUCAGAAGAUUGAACCUAGCCAAAAACUUAUUAGCCUAUUUUCAUCAAAUGCGGCUCAAGAAGAUGUCAAGAAUUAUCUAAAGGUAGCUAUCAUUAUCGCAUUAUCUGGAUUAUAA